GCCGGCGGGUUUAGUCAGCCAGGCUGCAGCCCGCCAGCCCGCGAGCCGCAGAGGGCCGGAGCCUCGGACUCGCCGCCGCCGCCUCCUGCCAUUGUUCGUCGGGCUGAAGCUGCGGCUGGCGCCGGAGCCCCGGCCGGGAGCCCCGGGAACAUCAUGACAACAGAGAAGAGUUUAGUGGUUGAAGCUGAGAAUUCUCAGCACCAACAACAGAAGGAAGAAGGUGAGGGAGCCACAAACUCAGGCCAACAAGAAAUUCAACUAGAAGAGGCUUCCCAACCGGCAGCUGAGGGCGGUAAUCAGUGUGAGCAGAAGCUGAAAGCAUCCAAUGGGGACACUCCGACACAUGAAGACUUGACCAAGAACAAGGAACGGACGUCAGAAAGCAGAGGCUUGUCACGACUGCUUUCCUCAUUCCUCAAAAGGCCCAAGUCUCAGGUUUCUGAAGAAGAAGGCAGAGAAGCAGAGUCAGAUAAGGAAAAAGGAGAAGGAGGUCAAAAGGAGUUAGAAUUUGGAACCAGCCUUGAUGAAGACAUCAUUUUAAAGGCUCCUAUUGCAGCUCCUGAACCUGAACUCAAAACAGACCCAUCUUUGGAUCUUCAUUCACUAAGCAGUAUAGAAACACAGCCAGCUCAGGAAGAACACAGAGAGGAUCCGGAAUCUGAAACGAAGGAAGAGGAAGGGAUUGAAGAGUGCUCCAGGGCAGGAGUGAAGGACGACCCCGAGUUAAAACCAGAAAGAGAGCCUGAGGCUUCACAGAAGCCCAUCAGGAGACACAGAGACAUGCACUGCAAGGUCUCCUUGUUGGAUGACACAAUUUAUGAGUGUGUGGUGGAGAAACAUGCUAAGGGGCAGGAUUUGCUUAAGCGAGUUUGUGAGCACCUCAAUCUAUUGGAAGAAGACUACUUUGGUUUAGCUGUUUGGGAUAGUGCAACUUCUAAGACAUGGCUGGAUUCUGCCAAAGAAAUUAAAAAACAGGUUCGAGGUGUUCCUUGGAAUUUUACAUUUAAUGUGAAGUUUUAUCCACCUGACCCAGCACAGUUAACUGAAGACAUAACAAGAUACUAUUUAUGUCUUCAGCUUCGGCAGGACAUCGUUGCUGGACGGCUACCCUGUUCCUUUGCAACCUUAGCCCUACUUGGCUCUUACACCAUCCAGUCUGAACUGGGAGACUAUGACCCAGAACUGCAUGGCGUGGAUUAUGUCAGCGAUUUUAAAGUGGCUCCAAAUCAGACCAGGGAACUUGAAGAGAAGGUCAUGGAAUUGCAUAAGUCAUACAGGUCCAUGACUCCAGCUCAGGCUGACUUGGAAUUUCUUGAGAAUGCCAAAAAGUUGUCCAUGUAUGGAGUUGAUCUUCACAAGGCAAAGGACUUGGAGGGAGUGGAUAUCAUCUUAGGAGUCUGCUCUAGUGGCCUUUUGGUUUACAAAGAUAAAUUGAGAAUUAAUCGUUUCCCUUGGCCCAAAGUGCUAAAGAUUUCUUACAAACGUAGCAGCUUCUUCAUCAAGAUUCGGCCUGGAGAGCAAGAACAAUAUGAAAGUACCAUUGGCUUCAAGCUUCCUAGUUACCGAGCAGCUAAAAAGCUAUGGAAAGUCUGUGUGGAGCAUCAUACGUUUUUCAGACUGACUUCUACAGACACCAUUCCCAAAAGUAAAUUUCUUGCCCUGGGAUCUAAAUUUCGAUACAGUGGCCGGACUCAAGCUCAGACCAGACAAGCCAGUGCUCUGAUUGACAGGCCUGCUCCGCACUUUGAACGGACAGCAAGCAAACGUGCGUCCAGGAGCCUUGAUGGAGCAGCAGCUGCCGAGUCCACAGACCGAAGUCCUCGGCCCACCUCUGCACCAGCCAUUGCUCAGAGUCAGGUCACAGAAGGGCCAGGGGCACCUGUCAAAAAAACACAGAAGGAAGCUGCGAAGGUUGAAGCCAAAGGGGAAGAGGAGCCGCCUGAGCAAGCUGAGCCAGAGCCCACAGAAGCAUGGAAGGUGGAAAAAACCCACAUCGAGGUCACAGUACCUACCUCAAAUGGUGACCAAACACAGAAGCCUGCAGGAAAAACUGAAGACCUGAUAAGAGUGAGGAAGAAAAAGAGAGAGAGACUAGAUGGUGAAAACAUUUAUAUCAGACAUAGCAAUUUAAUGUUGGAGGAUUUAGACAAGAGUCAAGAAGAAAUAAAAAAGCAUCACGCCAGCAUCAGUGAACUGAAAAAGAACUUUAUGGAAUCUGUACCUGAGCCACGGCCUAGCGAGUGGGACAAGCGCUUAUCCACACACUCGCCCUUCCGAACUCUUAACAUCAAUGGCCAAGUCCCUACUGGAGAUGGAGUGAAGAAAACUCCUGCCCUCCCCUCGGAAAGAAAGGUUGGUGGGCCAGAGAGCUUUGGUUCUGGCUCCCUCUCCAUAAACAGCGAGGAGGCAGAAGAGAAGGAGCAGGGGGCAGCUGGCUAUAUUGAUGCUAAGGAGAUGCCAACGGGCCCAAGUGAGGAAUGUUUAGGAGUGGAGGAACAGACCAGUACCUUAAAUUUCUCAGUAACUCCAGCUUCCUGCCAGCCGCAGCAUGGUGGAAAAAAGGCAGACAGUAGUGAAGAACCAGCAGAGACCCUUGAGACCCUGAGUGGACCCUUUCUUGACCCUCGUAUGGGUCACCAGUUCCCCACCCUCAUUCGAAGUUUCCAGCCUCCUUUGGUAAAGACUCAGACUGUCACCAUCUCAGAUACUGCCAAUGCUGUGAAAAGUGAAAUCCCAACCAAAGAUGUCCCUAUUGUCCACACUGAGACCAAGACCAUCACCUACGAGGCUGCCCAGACAGAGGACAGCAAUGGGGACUUGGAUCCUGGAGUCUUGCUGACUGCUCAGACCAUCACAUCUGAGACCACGAGCAGCACAACCACCACUCAGAUUACCAAGACUGUAAAAGGUGGGAUUUCUGAGACCCGGAUCGAGAAGAGAAUUGUGAUCACGGGAGAUGCAGAUAUUGACCACGAUCAGGUCCUUGUACAAGCCAUCAAGGAGGCCAAGGAACAGCACCCAGACAUGUCAGUGACCAAGGUGGUCGUCCACCAAGAGACCGAGAUCUCUGAGGAGUGAGCUCAGGGACAGCCCCAUCCCCACCCUCCCCCACCCCAGAGAAACCAGCAUAUCGUAAAGAAACCAGCCUGCAACAGUCAGACUUCAGACUUUCAAGACUGUUCCACACCACAGAAAACCAACUUCAUUUUCUAUUUGGAAUUUAUAUUGAGACUCUUCUAGAUGCCACAGAUGCUUUCUAUAUUGUGAUACAGAAAUUGUCAACUUUUCAGUCUAUGAACUGUUUUUAAGAC